CACCUAACCGUAACAUACUAACAUAGAAUAGUUACGGAAUUGCAUGACGCAUGUGCCACCGCAUGGUUUUACCAACCAAAUCGCCUAAUUGCCGCUAAAAUUGUCCCACCUCAUCACGUUUAGUCACCAGCCCCAAAAUGGCCUACCAAUCGUCGCUGGAAGAUCUCGAGGAUGAAAUCAGCAGCUGGGGCUUCACGAUGUCCCCGUCACAGUUUGCCGCCUCGCUGGAAGCGGAAAAGCGCCUCCCCCAGGCCCGCGUUGGUGGCCGCGGACGUGGCAUCACAAAUCCCCAGCACAUGGCAAACGUUCGGCUGGCGGCGUCCAUCGGCGACCUGAAGGCACACCCGUUCCCGAUGGGCCACCUGCCGACGACGAACGAUCUGCUCGGUUCACCGGCGGAAAACGAGAUUACUCCGAUGCUGCGGCAGUUGGGCCUCAACAGCAGAGCAGAGGAGAUUCACAGCCGAACUACCCGCAUGAAUCCUAAGAUUAGGGAGGAAAUUCGUGUCGACGGGAGUCUGCCGGUGAUCCUGAACGCGGACCUGUUCAAAAAUGCACGCGUCGAUGAGGACGAAGGGAUCGAGACGGAGGUGGAACGGUUCGAUCCCGAGCGUCCGCUGACGGAACAGUUUAGCACCAUUCCGGAACUGGUGACGGAGGAACCGGAGUUGGGAGCUGUGAAACCAAAUCGAUCCCAGGAAAAGAAGGCGGCGAACGCGACUGAUAGUUCGAUUGAUUCCGCUAUUACAACGAGUAGCAGCGGGUCGUCGUCGUCGUCGCAGGGUAAAAAGGGAAAAAAGAAAAAGUGGCGCAAACUUCAGGGCGAAGAACUGGUGCCGAAAGCGCCGGAGCGGGGACGUUACGAGGAGGUUUACUCGAUUGGGGUUCACGAUGGUCGUGCCACGAGACAGAUUUACAGCGCGGACGGACUUGUGGGGUGGGGUGGCAAUUGAUGUGAUUUUUAUAUGUCGUGUGUAAAUGUUUAAUAUUUUUAUUCAAUUGUGUUAAUAGAUUUUUUUUGGA